AUGUCCCACUCUGACAAAGACCAACCUGACUUGGAAUUGAUUCAUGACGGCCUCAAUUUUGACGGUAAACAGUUGGUCAAUGACGAUGACAACACCAGCGUUAUGAGCAACUCCUGUGACAACGACAGCGAUGAGAGUGAUUUCGAGGAUCAAAGCGAAGCUAUUGCUACUGCGCCUAAGCAAAAUCACGGCUGGACAACUGCUCUAGACCAACCAGGCCUGUCAAGGGAGAACGGAAAAGGUUUGAAAGGCCACUGGAGAGUUGUUUCUACUUUGGUCAGCAAGUUUUUUGUUGUUAUCGCUGCAAUCAAACGACGUGAUGCAAGUGUUAAAGUUGCCUGUGACGAGAUGGGUAAUUACUUCAAGCAUUUGGAGCGAAAGAAUGAAAAAAGUGAGUUGAAACGCAGAGCUCGCAAAAUUAAAGCAAAGAGGCAAAAGGCCUUGAAUAGUAAAGAGGCUACCUCUUCAGCUCCACGAGUCCAUGCUGAUACAGUUAAUACUAUCGUGUUUCACUUACCUUACUAUCAAAAAUAUGAAAAAGCAACACAAAAAAAAACGCGUGAGGAGGUAGACAACAUUUCACUUGUUAAUUUGAUUCAGGAAGCCAUCCGAGCCGAAAUGAAUAGAGCUGCAACUCAACUUGAUCAGAAAUUUGAACAACAGAAGAUGGAAAUUGAAGAAAAAUUUAGAAACCAAAUGGCAGCUCUUCUCGAACGUUGUUUCAAUCCCAUGGAAGAAAGGCUUCGAGACGAUGUUGCAAUAAAUGUAUAUACUGGCACUGGUGGCGCCGUUAAUACUGAAACUUUGGUGGAAAAGUUCGGCGAGAUAGAAAAGAAAAAGAAGGAUACCAAUCCUAGUCUGACAACUGCUAUUCCAAACCAAAUAAGGAAGUUAAAGGACCAGGACCAGUUUAAUGUCAAAAGCCAAUUUUGUAAAGGAAAUAAUCCUAAUAUCGCCGAUAUAGUUGGUGCACGUAUUUUGUCCAAUAUGCGUCGCGAGUGGAAAAACAGUGGGAAAGCUAACCCCGUUUUGACAGAAGAGGAAAAACGAGAGGAAGCCAGGAAAGCCGAAGAGAAGAAGGCUAAAUUCGAAAAUAACAUUGUGACUUUGGACCAAGUGAACCGGUUCAUUGUGUUGAAAUACAUGUCUGAAGAGGAGACCGAUAAUGAUUCCAAUAAAUUGGGUAUGUUUGACAGUAAUAACAAGAUGUCGUUGUAUGCCAAAAAACCUACGUAUCGUAGCAAUAAGUAA